GCAGAGCGCAGUCGCUCCUCGUCCAGUUCGGUGUUUGCAAAUAUUCGAAGCGGAGAGGAGAAGGAAGUGUCGGGGAUUUGACGGGGGGACGGACUUCGCGUCCGCUGUUGGUCUCCAAGACAAGAACCUUUGGUUUCCAUAUUUGUUUUGGAGUCGUUCUAACUCGUCUGAGUGGCUUUUUUCUUCUUCUUCUCCGGCCGGAGGCACACUUUAAACCGCGUAGGGCUACUGUGAGACGCGCGGGGGAAAUGGAUGUUUUACCGAUGUGCAGCAUCUUUCAGGAACUUCAAAUAGUUCAUGACACGGGCUAUUUCUCCGCCUUACCGUCACUGGAAGAGUACUGGCAGCAGACAUGCUUGGAGUUGGAGCGUUACCUGCAGAGCGAGCCGUACGUCUCCACGUCCGACUUAAAGUUCGAUAGCCAGGAGGACCUGUGGAGUAAGCUGAUCCUGGCCUGCGGGGACAAGGCCAAGGCCGGGUCCGACCCCAAGCUGGUGCCGUCCCACGAGGAGGACAAUCAGGACAGCCCCAUUUUGGACAGCAACAGCGUGAACUCGGACGCCAGCAGCGAGGCGUCGGACAGUUCCGAGGAGCUCUCGCCCACGCACAGCUUCGCCUCCAACCCGCUGGGCUCCGUUUUGGCGGGCUCCGGACCUUUUAGCCCCUCCGUCAUCAGCACGCCGCCGUCCUCCCCGGAGGCCGUCAUGGGCGGCUGGGCGGCCGGCCACGGCGACCUGCACUUGCCGGUCAAAAUCCGGAGCGGCGGUGUCGCGAAAAGCUCUGAAAAGACGGGACUCAUCUGCGGGGACGCGUCCCCUGACAGCAAGAGGCGGGUACACAGGUGUCACUUCAACGGCUGCCGCAAGGUUUACACGAAGAGCUCCCACCUCAAAGCACACCAGCGCACUCAUACAGGUGAGAAGCCAUACAGGUGUUCAUGGGAGGGCUGCGAGUGGCGCUUCGCCAGGAGCGACGAGCUGACCAGACACUUCAGGAAGCACACGGGGGCAAAGCCAUUUAAAUGCAGUCACUGUGACAGAUGUUUCUCCAGGUCUGACCAUCUGGCCCUUCACAUGAAGAGGCACAUCUAAAGCAGGGUCAAACCAAGCCACGCUGCAAGGGGGAUUCUUUUUCCUUUUUUCUUUUUCUUUUUUUUUUUCUAAGUAUAAGGGGGGGAAAAAAAGAGAAGAAAGAAAAAAAACUCCAUUUCCCAGCUAAAGCCUCUUGGCUGAACUGUCCCAGAGCAGAGAGGCAGGAGUGUUCCAGCCAAAGCAUGCCGUUUUGCACCAUACUGAAACCCAGUGCCUCCGGGAGCUCUCUUUGGAGAGGGAAAAAAAAAAGGCGCUCUGUUGCGAUGAGAGGACAAAAUCAUGGAUGAGGAACGAUUUUUUUUUUUUUUUUUUGGAUUAAAAAAAAAACAAAAACAAAAAAACUUGAAUCAUUGAAAAGACAAAAAAAAAAAAAAAAAAAAGGACCCACAUAGAGAGCGAUUGAUCUGUACGUGUGGUGCAUGAUGUUUCGUGGACAGACGAUACACUGGUACUUCGCAGACCUGUCUGACGUAAGCAUGCGUGCACUGUGAAUGUCUGGCUGGCACCCCCCACCCCCCCUUCCUAUUGGUGGGUUGGUGGGUGCAUCAUGUGGGGCUGCUACCAAUGUUGUCUACCGAAGGGGGGGGGGCGCUCUCGCCAGUUUCAGUGUAUGACUUGAGUGUUUGUUUGUUUUUGUUUUUUUUGGUGCAGCUACUAAAUGUGCAAUGUGUUAUGUAGCCUGUUUUUUUUUUUUUUUGAUUUUUUUACAUUUUUUUACAAUCUACAAAGCUCCUUUUGUAGUCCUCGACUGUAUAAGCCGUGUGCUUAGAGGUAUAACACAAACUAUACUCUUAACGUCAGUAUCAUAGACAGGUUAAAUGCAUGGUUUUUAGGGGUUUGUUCAUUUCCAGUUUCCACUGUUAGCAGGACUUCAAGUAGUUUCCAUAAAAAGUGCAGCUAAAAUGCCAAUCGGUUAAAUGUUACAAUAUUGUACAUAAAGCUUUCUUCUUACCCCCCUUCCAUUCUUCAUCCAUUUUUAAUUUUUUUGAUUUUAUUUAAAAUCUUAAUAAUGCACUGUUAAUGGUGCCUUAUGCAAGUGACUCGCCCCCUGCGGGUCGUAGGGUUGUGUAUUUUUUUUGCCCCAGAGGGGCGUCACGUUCUGUUUUUUUUGUUUUAGGGCUGAAAUCAAGCCUCAAAUACCCCAACUUGCCUCCUAUUUUUCUGUUUUUUUGGCUGUAGUUUGACAUAUAAAGACUUUUGUGUUCCCGUGUGGCCGCCGUUUGAGACGACCACAUGCGUAUUUAUUACACACUGUAUGUAAAGAGCACUUACAUUUGUUUAUUAAAGGCAAGAACUACUGUGUAGUAUGUACUCCAUCUUGCACCGAACAAAGGUACAACAGCAACAACAAAAAAAAAAAAAACCUUUUUGGGAUCUGCUUCUCUUUCUUAGUGUCUUGACCAGCAUUCUCCACCCACCAUCAUCCAUCACUGCGAGUGGGACUCCAGAAAAAUCUAAAGAUUUAUUGUAAUUAACAGUCUGCAGUGGGACAGGCCUCGCCUUGUACUGCCUCUCUGUAAUGAAUUGCUAAAGGCUUUGUUGGCGUGGAAUCUGUCACAGACUGCUGACUGUGGAGGUUUCUUAUUGACCUGUCUGGAGAGCGUUGUUUUAGCCAAGCUGCAACAGUAUUAUGGGGUUGAAAGGAGGAAGGUGGAUGCACAAUCUAGCAGAGCGCAUGGAAAUUUGGUCAAAAAAAAAAAAAAGUUACGUCGUUGGAGGGGUGAAAGCUCAAAAGGCGAAGAUGUUAGCGAUUUCCGCUGCAGGAAUUUCGAUGUUGCAGCAAGUCGCGACAUAUGGAUUUUCACGUCAGCGAGCGUGGCGGACGGGAUGAGCACAAACUUGCUUGCUGCAGUGGAUUCUGGGAAUGCUGGCGUGGACUUUUUUUUUUUUUUGUGGGCAGAGCAGCAGCCGAUUCUGCUUCCCAUUGAGCCUUGAUUAAGCUCAUUGUUUUUGCUUCCAUCUUCAUCAUCAUCAUCAUCAUGUCCUUCCCAUCAUCUGACUUGUUAAGUCCCACACAGCUCUUUGUUCUGAAUCUUUGUAUAAAAGAAAAGGAGAGGGGGGGGGAAAGAACUUUUGUAAAAUUAUGUUUAUGCUUUAUGAAAUUUUUAUUUGAAAUUGUUUUGCAAAAUUGUUAUAUUUCUGUAUGAAUGUAUUUUUUAUUGGAAUAAUAAGAAAUUCUUAUCUGA